AUGGCAAAGAGGAUACAGACAGCUCUAAAUGUACAGUUAAAGCUUAAGAUUCUAGAUGAAGUGGACCGUGGUACCAAGAAAACAGCAAUUGCAGAGCAGUUUGGAAUACCUAAAUCUACUUUAUCUACGAUUAUUAAGAAUGGAGAAAAAAUUAUUAAUGCUGUCGCAUCAGGUUCUGGAAACAAAUCUAAACGACUUCGUACAACCGCCGAGUAUGAAGACAUCGAGACAUUACUGUUAGUAUGGUCCAAUCAUAUGCAUGCAUCUAACAUAUCUUUAACUGGCUCUGUGAUUCAGUCAAAAGCAAAUGAUAUUGCUAAAGAUAUGGGCAUCGAAGACUUCCGUUGUUCAGCUGGUUGGUUGUAUCGGUUCCAAAAAAGACUUUCAAUUUCAUCUGUACAAAUUUGUGGUGAAGCAAAUAGAGUUGAUGAAGAAAGUGCGAACAGCUGGUUGAGGGAAAAUGAGAAGUUUCGUCCCUGGGUUAUCGGUAAAUCCGAGAAACGACGUUGUUUUAAAAACAUAAAUAUGGACACUUUACCUUGCAUCUACUCUCACCACAAGAAAGCUUGGAUCGAUGACACAUCAUUUCGCAAGUAA